GAGGCAGCAUGUGGGCGCCCGGCUGGGUGCCUCUGCUCAGCGCCCUGCUCCUGGUCCGGCAGGGCACAGCCCAAGGCGGCUCUGAGAACAACGAGGAUGGCUCAGGAUAUGGAACAUCAGCAUUACCCACUGCUACAGUGCCACCUCCCUCUGCACCUCCCACAUCCCCUACCUCUGUGAGCAGCCCCCAGCCAGUGCUGGUCACUGCAGGGCCCACUGAAGGCAGCCUGGAAAUAGACAGUACACCCAGCCCUGAACUGAGCGACACGAGCAGUAACGGGAGCCUAGAGACGGAAGAGCCAUCUGUCCUAGUGUAUGCUGUGCCUGCAGUGGUGCUGGCCCUGCUGAUCUUGCUGGUCAUCAUUUUUAUAAUGGUCCAUAACCGGAAAAAGUCUAAGCAAGAUGAGCUGGGGAGUGAAAAUGUGAAAAGCCCUAUUUUCGAAGAGGACACACCCUCUGUUAUGGAGAUAGAAAUGGAAGAGCUCGAUAAGUGGAUGAACAGCAUGAACAAAAAUGCUGAUUGUGAAUGUUUACCUACUGUAAGGGAAGAGGAAAAAGAAUCAGUGGCCAAUCCGAGUGAUGGUGAAUCAUGAAGCUACAGCAGCAGAGAACUCCUCAGAAGGAACAGCACGCAAGCUAACAGAACCCAGAUUGUGGACCAACUGGAUUCAAACACAAUUCACCACAAAAGACUGGAGAAGCAAAUGCUUUUGUUGUGUCCUUCUACUUACAAUCUUCAGAAGAGAAAUAUAAUCAAUUGGAAAAAUAAAGGAAGAGUGCUACAGUGAGAUUAAGGAGCUGACUUCAUUCCUAAUGCAGCAAGAUUCAGCACUAGUCAAGAGAAGCUUCCUUUCCCCUGAAGUUGUGAAAAGCUGUCCUUGCUUCCAUGCAGCUCUCCUCUCCAGUUCUGCAUAGUGCAGCCAGUAAAAAUGCAUACAUUCCAAGUAUAGCAGGCCGUUUUGUUCCUGCUUUGUUUUAUAUACAUACAUGAGCAGUACCCACAAUCCUGGAUUGCACUGGUUUAAGUGGGUUUGAUUCAGGCUGCUGAUACUCACACUGUGCUCAUCUUUCAAUUUGCUUUUUGGUAAUAGUGCACAGAUUUGCACAGGACUUCUGCUAGUGCAGUACAAGAGCAGGACUGACUGACAGCAGCUGGAAAGCCCUCCCAAAGAAUCCACCAGGAAGCAGCCUGAAGCUCAGCAAGUUUUGGUCUUCAAAUUAAGGACACUGCAAAUGUAAAAGAAGACUGAGGCUGUCUGACAGUUAACCACAGAUGAGCACCAUGCUAAGUCUCACCACCCAGCCCUUCACCCCAUGCUGUGCAGCUCAUCAAUGUCAGCCUGCUACAGACACACUCAGCUUGAAAACGCUUCUUUUCAUCAAAACAGGCUGCAAAAUUGAACAAUUCAUUACUAUACCAAACACAUUUGGUAGAUAAGCUUAUUAUUCCUAACCAAGGUCCAAGGUUUUCAGGUGCAAUAAAGUUUCAGCUUUGGAUUUUUGAAUAUUGAACUUGGAACACCUGGAAGACAUUGGCUUCUUAACAUAACUGCCCUCCUUCCUUCGGAGACACUGGAAAGUCAGGCUGCUGAGAUGCCUCGGGUUUGGAAGAUAAAUACAGCAUCACACCCAUCGAUUUUAGGCAGCAUGUCUCUCCUGGAUGUGAUUUAAAUACGUAACAGACACCUGAUUGGAUACUGGUCUAUGCAAAGCUUCCCCCCACCGUAUUUAAAACUUGCAUCUCACCAUACUUUAGAUCCUGCCCUAUCAUGUUCUACUUGUCAUCAUAUUGUAUUUAAAUAUUCUUCUCACUCAAUAGAUGUUUUAUACGAUCAGUUUUAA